CCGCGCAGAUGUUUCCAGCGGCGAGUGUGGGGGGAGGCGGGACCCGAACGCGCGCCUUGAGCUGCUGAUGAUCAGGAACAAGCGCUGGCAGAAAAGGAGCUGCCGAGAGACACGUGGCCGUCGCCCGACGGUGUGUAAGCGGAGGGUUGGGCGGAGGGUGGAGGGGCGGAGGGGCGGAGGGACGGGGGAGGGUGUCGGUAGGGGAAACAAGCUUGAAAGAAUAAAGGAGGAGGGGGUUGCACUAUAAGGUAAUUGUUGGUGGCAAAAAAGGGAAAGGGAGGAAGUUUCUCAUCGCAGUCCUUUCCCGGAUUCUCGCUGCAAUCACUGCUGGAUGAUGACGAAACGUAUUUGACCGAAUUUCCAGUCCAAUUCACUCUUGGUCGACGUUCAUCUGAAGUCUAUCUAUUUUGCUCAGACUGAGUCGUUGGCCGGUGGUUGGACCUUUGCCGCGUGGACACUCGCGACGUGAGGUUUGUCGCGUGGACACGUGCCACGUGGACCAUCGGGAGAGAGACACAUCGGGACUGUCGCUUUCAGGAAGCGAUGGCGGCCGAUGACGUGGCUGUCUUGGGUUUCGCAGAGGGCCUUGUAAAGUCUCUGUUCAUGACUAUUCUUUCAGAGGUCGGUGACAAGACUUUUUUUGUUGCAGCUUUGUUAGCAAUGCGUCAUCCUCGGAGCUCAGUCAUGGCGGGCUCUUUAGGGGCACUUCUGCUUAUGACUGUAUUAUCAGUAUUUUUAGGCUGGGCAGCGCCAUCACUGAUUUCACCGAAGCUGAUGCAGCAUGUGGCGACGGUGCUGUUCCUUGCAUUUGGAAUAAAGUCGUUAAUCGAUGUCGUAUCAAAUGGCGAAGAAGGUUCAUCAGAGCUUGAAGAAGUCGAGGCGGAACUGGACAAGGACUUGAAAAAUACAGCCUGCAGUCAAAGUCAAAGCAUCGUUGACAAAACUCAGGUGGAGAAGAAUGGAGGGAAUGUGGGCGAGCCUGCGGACAAGGUGUGCGUGCAACAAAGUACGCAAAGACAGCUUCUUUGCUGUCUUUUCUCUCCAGUCUCCAUACAGGCCUUCUCACUGGCGUUCUUCUCUGAGUGGGGUGACAAAAGCCAGAGGGCAGCUUCUAUGCAGCCGGUUCUGUACCUGGCUAUCUUGUAGUCGCCGUACGUGGUGUUGGGGAUCCUUGGACCUGGUAUUGUACCUGGCUGGACAUAACUUUGAACCUGGUUGUCUUUACGGCUUUGUGCAGAGGUCAUCUUCUGUGCACAGCAGCAGCUGUUCUUGGAGGAAGACACUUGGUGACGAAGAUAUCCGAGCAGAAGGUGAUUUUGUACAGAUCAAAAUUUGCCCUAUUUUAUCAUUAUAAUUAAUAAUAUUAUUUAAUAUACUUAAGAAAAAAAGUGGCCCCCUCGAAACAAAAUAAUAAAUAAAUG